AUGUUUAGAAGAAAUCAUGCAGAUACUAAUUUACGAGUACCUCAAAAUAUUUAUACUGUUGAUUAUCUAAGUUAUUUGGGAAAUAUUUUGUCUAAUCAUGAGAACAUUUGUAAAAUAAAUAAGAAAAUGAUAAUCGAUGCUUUGAAUAAAUUAACUCAAGUUUUAAUUUGGGGUGAUCAACAUAAUAGUGCAAUUAUUGAUCUUUUUUUAGAAAAACAAAUUCUCCAACAAAUAGUUUGUAUUUUACGAGAAAAUUAUGGAAAUAAAGUAGAUGUUCAAAUUUUACAAACUUCAAAUAUGUUAUUUACUAAUUUUAAAAAUGAAACUUCUUUAUAUUAUUUAUUAAGCAACAAUUACGUCAACGAAAUAAUUACCCAUGAAUUUGAUUUACGUGAUGAGGAUAUCGUCAGUAACUAUAUAUCAUUUCUGAAGUCUUUAUCCUUUAAAUUAAAUUCUCAUACUGUUCACUUUUUUUUUAAUUCACUUGAGGAUGAAUUUGUUUUGUAUACUGAAUCAUGUAAGUUAUGUUUUCAUGAAGAUAACAUGGUUCAAACUUAUGCUAGAAAUAUAACUUUAUUUAUCUAUUCAAUUCGAGAUGAAUUAAUGCUUAAAUUUAUUGUCAGACAUAGUCAAGAUUAUUUUAAUACUUUGAUAGAUACUAUGGCAGAGAAAGCCAUUGAUAUGGAUAUUUUUAUUCGAUCAGCAGAAAAUGUCAAAGCAAAUCGAAGUACAUUAGAAAAUAUGAUGUUUGUUUAUAAUGAUUAUUGUAAUUAUAUAAAUGAUAUUUUUAAACAAGGAAAUGAAGAAAUUAGUAAUAUGUUGAUGCAAACAAUGUUUAACCGCCUUAUAUCUCCACUUUUUUUGGUAUCUUUAGCUGGAUUACGUGAAUCACCAACAACAAUAUUACUAUGUAAAGUUUCAUCUUUUUAUUUUUUAACACAAUUGAUAAGACUUGUAAAUGAUAUAAAUUUUAUUCAUACUUUAUUAUCAGCUCUAUUUUUUGGUGAUCAAAAUGAAAUUGGAACUCAGUGGACAAAAAAUAUGGAAGGAAUUAGAUCAUUAUCAAGUAGAAAAAAAGCUUCAACAUCUCAGGAAAGGGUAUUUUUUUUUGCUCAUCUAAAGGCAUUAGAAAUAACAAAUGAUGAUCAUUCUGUAUUUUAUGGAUUAUUUUUACUUUUUGCUAUCUAUCAAAAUAAAUGUGUUCAAUCUGAUAUAUUGGAAGCUGCUAGAUUACCAUGUGAAAAUAAUAGUGAAUGUGAUGGGCAACUUUUUGAAUGUUUAACAAAAAUAAUAUCAAAUUGUUCAUUUUAUUCUUCAGCAUUACGUUCCAUAACAUUAGAAUUGGCUUUAUUAAUAUUACGUCAUUUUGUUAUGUUUAUGGAAUCUGAUCAUUAUAUGCCUACAUCCAUUAUUACAGUUGCUACUGAUGCAUCAGAAAAAAUUAUAAAUGAAUUACAAGAUCUAGUUUUUACAGAAGAUUCAUUUCUAGACUUUUUUGAAAGCGAAUAUUAUAUAUUUGAGAGACAACAACUUAAAAUCAAUGACAUAUCAGAGGAUGCUUCAUUAUUAUUGAAUCCACCAACAACUAUUGGAAGUUUAAUUCCAUUGGCAAAGAGGUUACCUUCAAUAGCUGAAGAAAAAUUAAGAAGAAGUUUAUUUAAUUGGUUUCAAUUAAGAAAAUUUCUUCAUGACUUAAAUAGUGAAACUGAAACAGAACUUCCUAUUGUAAAGUAUAUUCAACCUGUGGUUGAAGUUGGUGAUAGAAUACAAACUAAUCAUGUAGAUUUAGUUAACUGUACAUUAGUAACAACUGAUAAAGUUAUGAAAAAUUUAUUUUUAGUUACUGAUCAAUUUCAAUUAAUAUUUGUUGAACCUCAAUCAAAAUUAGGUGUUGUCAAGUAUACUGGUUUCUUAAAAGAUGUAAAGGCAUUUUCAAUUUCAAAUGACUCAAAAAGUUUACAAAUUAUAAUUGAGGAUAAUAGAAAAAAUUUAGUUUCAAAACCAAUAAAAAGUACUAUCAAUUCAUCAGACAAAGAUAGUAUCGUUUUAUCCUCAAAUUUACUAUUCAAUGGAAAAGUACGUUUUGAUGAUCAUAUUAGAUGUAUGACUACAAAACAAAGAUUAGAUAAAGGAAGACUUGCUGCAAGAAAAUUUUUAAUUGGUCAUAUUGCAGAUAUUUUUAAAAUUCAAAGGCCUUCAAAAAGUGUUCAAAAUUCGCCAUAUAUUUCACAUGUUUCUAGAACCAAAGGUCCUGUAAAUAUGUACAAAUUUCCAGGUGGGGUUGUAGUGAAAGAUAUCAAAAAUCAACGGGAGUCUAUUAAUGGCACAGCUGCUAAUAAAAUUAGUAAUUUACCAAAUAUGAAUAUACCUGGUGUUGAAGAUAUAUAA